CGAGAGAGAGGGACACACACGGGAUGCUGAUGAUCCGCACUAAGGAUGCUAUCGAUCCGGCUCGCAGAUGCUCUCCUCCUCCGGUUCCACGAACACGCCGAUGUGCGCAAUGACUAAGGCAGAGUGAGAAACGGACACGCGCGCGCGCGCUGCUGCAUGGGAACGCCGAGACACCGAUGCAGGACCCCUCCGCGCUGUUCGGGAUGGUCAGCCACUGUCAGACCCCGACGACCUUCGCCGACUUCCCCGGCCUGUCGCUCUCCGCGUUCGGCGGCAAGGCGGACGUCUGCCCGCGGAGGGCCGGCGGCGGCGGCGGGGGCUUCGGGUCGCUGGUCCGCCGGAGCUCCCACGACAGCCCGACGCACGUGAACUGCGCCGGCCAGAAGGCAGCCGGCGCGUGCGGGGAAAAAGCGCACCUGGCCGCCAAAGCGCCGCGGUCGUGCCUCUCUUUCCAAGCCGCGCAAGCGAAUGCUCCCUACUGCUCGGAGAAGGAUUUGGACGACGAGCUGUGCGAUGUUGAGGGCACCCUGAUGCGUUGCGGGCAGAGCCUGCCGCUGCUGGUGGGGGGGCAUCUGGGGGGGCUCUACACCCAGAGCCUCCACGGCAACAGACCUGCGCCCGACCUCAUUCUGCAGGACGCCCCUCACCAAGACACCAGAUCCUCCACUGCCUUCCAGAGCGGCCCGGGCUGCGGCGGUGCCAACGGGACUCGCUCCUCACUCCUGUACCCCGUCAAACAGGAGAACUCAAUGGGCUACAAGACCCCCGACUCGGCGUCCGGGGCCCACGGCACUUCUCCGGCCGGGUUUCAGAACUGGCGGGCGGGCCACGCUUUGGGCGCGCCGAGGGGCGGUUUAGCCGGCGCGGCGCAUGUUAGCGGCGGCGCUGACGUCGCCGCGUCAGGCAACGCGGUGCAGCCGUUUAAUAAUGAAGAUGGCUCCUCCCCGCUGGCUUUGUCCCCGACUGGCUCCCGUCAUUCAGCGCGGCUAGUCAGCGCUAGCAGUCUGAGGAGACGCUGCCUGUCCCUAGCCUCGCCGUCCACCUCCGCCGCAGACGCCCCGUUGGUCACCGGCGCCGCCUCCUCCGAGGAGAUCAACAUCACCGCCAUCAUCUGCUCCUCCUCCCAGAUGUCGAUGGUCGCCCGCGUCAACGGCUUCCGCACCAACCUCUCGCCCAACCACGCCAGCAGUGCCGGCUUCUCCUCCUCCUCCUCCUGCUCCUCCUCCUCUUCGACGUCCCCGCUCUCUAACCCCUGCUCGCGGGAAGCCCCCCGGAGGCCCCCGCCUCACGACAGCCCCCGGCAGGCCACGCUGCUGGAGAGCUGUCAGCUACCCUCACCCGCCACCUGCCUGCUGUCCCUUUCCUCCUCGUCAUCGUCCUCCUCUUCGGUGUCAUCUGUGGAGCCCGAGCAGGGGCUGUGCGGGGAGCGGGGCUCUAUGCUGCCGGGGCGUGGGGCCGGAGGAGCUGGCGGGGGAGGUGUGGGAGGAGGCGCCGACGGGUUGGGGCUGCUGAUGAGCGGGGCGCUGAUGUCUGGGAUGCUGCCGUCGGGGCUGGAAGUCGGGCCUCUCCUUGACCGCGGCCAAAGGUCAGGGGCCGCCCUCAAACAGGAGCCCAUGGACGAUUUCUCGCCCAGCGAAGACGAACUCUUUCAGCACCACUAUCACCACCACCACCACCACCACCACUUGGGGGGUCGCAACGGGCACCUCCGGCAGCCCCACCACCCCUCUCGCCCCGCUAUGCCUCCACCCUAUCACCUUCACCAAUACGGGGGCCCCGGGGUCGGGGUCGGGGUCCCGCAGCACCACCAGAGCCUGCAAGCGGGGCCGACCUCUUCCCUGGGACUCAAACCGACCUCCUCCGGAGGCCCUCCCGGGACUCACGCGGCCCCGGAGCGGGAAGACGUCGGCGGAGGAGGGGGAGGAGGAGGAGGAGGAGGAGGAGUAGGAGGAGGAGGAGAGGGAGGAGGAGCAGCAGCAGCGGUUGACAAGCAGGUGUGUCGCUGGAUCGACUGCAGCGCUGCGUACGAGCAGCAGGAGGAGCUUGUGAGGCACAUUGAGAAAGUCCACAUCGACCAGCGCAAAGGUGAGGACUUCACCUGUUUCUGGGCCGGCUGCAUUCGUCGCUACAAGCCCUUCAACGCCCGCUACAAGCUGCUCAUUCACAUGAGAGUCCACUCGGGGGAGAAGCCCAACAAGUGUAUGUUCGAGGCCUGCAACAAAGCGUUCUCCCGCCUGGAGAACCUGAAGAUCCACCUGAGGAGCCACACGGGGGAGAAGCCGUACCUGUGCCAGCACCCCGGCUGCCAGAAAGCUUUCAGCAACUCCAGCGACCGCGCCAAGCACCAGCGGACUCACCUGGACACGAAACCCUACUCCUGUCAGAUCCCCGGCUGCACCAAGCGCUACACGGAUCCCAGCUCCCUGCGCAAACAUGUCAAGAUCCACUCGGCCAAAGAGCAACAGGUGCGUAGAAAGCUUCGGCCGUGUCCCCACCUGGAGCAGGACGUCCUGAGUGAGUGUCUGUCCAUGCAGCACCUGCAGAGCUCCGCCGCCGCGCAGCACCUCUACAGCGGGAAAGACGGCCGCUCCGCCGCACUGGGCCAAGACAUCUUCACAGGCCUGUACGCCGGCUCCAGCACCCCCCACCACGGCGCCUCGGUGGAGCUCCUCUCCUCCACCCCCAACCCCAACCCCACCCCUGGCCCCGGCCCCGCCGGAGACCCGCCCUCCCGACAGCACCGACUGGACCGACUGGACUCGACCAUCGGCAGCCCUCAUCACCUGUCGCCGCUGGCCGCCAUGGACGGCGCGAGAGACGGGGUGUCAGGGGGCCUCAUGUCUCCAGGAAUGAAGGGGACAGGGACGCCGCCUCCUCCUCCUCCUCCUCUGGAGAAACAGCAUGUCCACCCUCACCACAAGCCCUACGCUCACUAUCACCACCAUCAGUCCGCUGCCGACGAAUACCAGGGGAGCUUCCAGAGCUGCUUCCACUUCGGAGACUCGUACAGGAUGGAGCAGGCGGCCGGCGGCGGCGUCCACAUCCCAGGAGACCCUCACGCCUACGCCCCCCACCAGCACAGCGGCUACCACAUGUCCGCCGCCAACGCCGUCGCAUCUGUUCCAGGCUUCAACCUGACCCAGGAGCUUCAGGGCGGCGCCGGCUGCCAGUUCCCCGGCCCGGAGGAGAGCAUCUUCUUCCAGGUGGGCAACUUCGAGCGCGGCCUGAGCCACGUGCCGUCCGUGUACACGGAGACAUGAGGCGCCUCAGCGAGAGACCACCCUCUCUCGUCUCCCUCUGACCCGUUCGGAUGUCGGAUGGACGUUAAAAACCGGCGGGAUGGAACAUUUACAAAAGCAGGUUCCUCACGCGCUCUGCGUCAACGUCCCAACGGUCCAAAGAAAGUCACGCGGACGCCCAUUUCUAUU